AUGAAAGAUGACGAUAGUGAUGAUACAGUCUUAAGUAUUGAUAUUUUGCAGCCGAAUGCUGUAUCUAGUAAUACUACCAAUGAGCUACAACAACAACAAUUAAUACAACCAAUCGAUAAUAGUAAUAGUAAAUACUAUAAUAAAAACAACAAUAAACAUCUACAACAACAAUUUAAUUAUAUAACAUCAGCAUCGUCAUCCCCGAUUCUGUCAGCUUCUGCCUAUUUCAAUAAUGGCAAAGUUAACAAUGAUAACGAUGACGAUGAUAAAUAUCAAAAGUAUCAGAAUAAUUCGUUUCUAAACAAGAUUACAGAGUUCCUACGUAAAAGUCCGAUAUUACUAUCAUCAUCACCUUUAUCAUCUCAAUCACCAUCCAACAAUAACAAUAACAACAACAACAACAACAAUAAUAAUAAUAAUGAUAUAAUAUCAUUGGAUCUAUCAUCAUCAGACAACUCUAAUAAUAAUAAUAAUAAUAACUAUGAUUAUAUAAAGAUAUACAAAGUAACAUUUUAUAUGAUAGCACUCUAUCUUAUUUACGGGUUGCUUCAAGAGUUUAUAUUUAAAAAACAAGAGGUCAACUUCUUUUCACUCUAUUCAUUCUCACAAUUCUUUGUUUCAUUCUUAUUUUCAAUUAAAGGAUUGAUCGAUGAAUCAACCAUCCAAAUUAUACCGACUUCUUCAUCUUCUUCACCAUCUUUAAAUUCACAACAACAAAUUAACAAUAAUAAUAAUAAUAACCAACCUCAUCCAUUUUAUAAUUUCUUACAAGAGCUAUCAUUUAGAAAGUUAAGAUUAUAUAUAUUUUUAUCAUUAGUUUUAAUAUCAACAAAGAUACUGGGAAAUGAAUCACUAAGGUUUAUCAAUUAUAAAACAAAGGUGAUGUUUCAAUCAUCGAAAUUGAUACCUGUGAUGAUCAUCGGUGGCAUUUUAUUUAGACGUUCAUACAACAUGGUUGACUACCUCUCUGUGGUGGCGAUGACCUCUGGUUUGGUAUUCUUUUCGAUUGGUGAUUCCAUUUCUUCACUUUCGUUCUCGCCGAUAGGUUUGUUACUAAUCGUUGGCUAUGUAUUCAUUGAAUCCGUAAAAUCGAUACUCUAUGAAAAGAUAUUAAGAGAUUUUCAAUCUGAAUUAGAGUUGGUCAGUAUUCAAUAA